ACCCGCACCCCGCCGAGCGCCGGUCGGGGCAGUGUUUGUCAACUCGGUCGCCAUGGAGAUGGGCGUCGCGCGCCGCAGCGCCGCCGGCGUCGGGGCAACGGCGCGAUCGUUCUUGUUGCUCCUGCAGGUAUAGCAACGAACGACGGCCGGUGGCGCGGGUGGGUGGGUGAAGCGGGCAGCGGGGCAGCGCUGCCAACCUGAGCAACGCGGCGCCCGGCCACUAGCCAGAGACUCGGCCCGCGCACACAAAAAAAGUGCACCGGCUCCAAACGCGUUGCAUUCCCCUUCGCAAUGAGCUCGUUUUGCAACCAAUUUAUUCGUAUAAAGGCGGAGGGGAGCCGCGCCCGGGCCGCAGCCAUUAGCGCCGAGUGGAGCCCGUGGAGCCGGAGCCCUCCGCCGGACCCUCCAGAGUCUGCAGGGACCACGAGGACGAGGGGCACAUGGUAAUGAGGCAGGGGCGCGCGCCAUUGUGACGGCACCGUCGUCAUCAUCAUCACCGUCGUCGUGCUCCUCAUCAUUUAAGCGGCCGAGGAGCAGGCAUUAUUGAAGUCGCAUUUGUGAAAAGGGGUGGAUAAAGUGCGGCACAGGACAUUCUGAUGGAGACGCAGCAGAGAGGUGGGUCCGAACAGGUGUGAAAAGGGUCCGCGCCCACCCAUCGACAGAAUGCGAAUUGAGGGGAGCUGGUGGAUGUGGGCGAGCGCGUGCUUGGCCGUAGCUCUGACGCUGAUUUUUCCGGAGAGCAUGGCUGCACCUUUAUCGGAGCGAUCUGGAAGGGACAAACUGGCGGACGGCGAGGACCCGAUCAGUCUGCCGCCACCUGGCACCUCUUCAAAUGACUCAUCCGGGCUGGCGAGGCCGACCCUCGCCACCCCGGAUCUAGACGAGCUCGGGGCGGACGAGACCCUCGGGCCCCAGGAGCGCCUGCUGCCCGACGGCUCCCGCACCGGCUCCUUCGUGUACGUCGACGCCCACGGCGACCUGGUGCGCGUCAAGUACGUGGCCGGCCCCGCGGCGGGGCCCCGCGGCUUCCACCUGGAGGAGAGGCCCGUCGAGGGGGGUCGGGCGCGCGCUGAGCCCCUGCAGGCCGAGGCCUCCGGGAUGGCGCCGCUGCUGCUGCCGCCCCCCAAGGCCGUGCAGCGAGACCCUACCCCGCGGCCCUCCGACGUGUUCUGGCAGCCCAGGGAGCGCGCCGACCUCAUCAAGGCGGGCCUCGACCAGGGCCCCUCCAGGAUGCGACGGAGGUUUCAGAAAGAGACCAGGUCGCACGGAUAGACUGUGUCGGCCAAUGCCAGUGGUGAGUGGCUGUGGAAGAACUUGAGACAGAGCCCAA